GUCGUCUUCCUGAAGUCGAACAGUAGAACCGAGCGGGACGGAGAGCGAAGCCGUUCGGAUGCAACUUUGGCAAACAAGUAUCAACUUUGGCAAACAAGUAUCAACUUUGGCAAACAAGACGAUUCUGGAUGCCAGUUUGACAAGCAAGAGGAUCCUGGAUGCAAGUUUGACAGACAAGACAAGCACAAGUCUUUGGCUUCACCUGACACCGGAAGUCCCGCCUGGUCUUCCGACAAAAGGCGCCUUUUCCUGGCUUUUGUGAGCGCGCACUUCCAGCGGCUUCAGCUCGGCGGCCGCAGAUGGAAGCUGCCCCGGCCAAGGCGAAGCUGCUGGGCCGCCUGCUGGUGUCCAACCAACUGGACGCCAAGGACGAGCUGGAGGAGAAACUGGAGCGUUGUGUAGGAGCGGUCCAUGCCUUGUCUAAUGGACUGUCUGAGAGGGAGGCCAACGAUGCUCUCACCGCCAACGUGUGCAAAGGCCCUCAGCAACAUGAUGAGGUGUGUCUGGGUCUCUUCGCUCUGCUCCUCACGGAACCCACUCAGGCCCAGAGGUGUUACAGGGACCUGACGCUGAUGAACAGGGACGGAAUGAGCGUGAUCCUGGUGAAGAUCAACCAGAUCUUGAUGGAGAAGUUCCUUAAGCUGCAGGAUGUUCCCAGAAAGCAGCUGGUGUGGCUGGUCAGAGAGCUGGUAAAGAGCAGUGUGAUUGGAGCUGAUGGUGUCGUCAUGACGCUACUCAAACAGAUUGCAGGAGGAGACGUGUCCACAAAGAAUCUUUGGUUGGCGGAAAGUGUCCUUGACAUCCUGCAGGAGCAAAAGGAGUGGGUGGUGAAGAGCGGGAUGCUGAUCGCCAUGUCGGUGUACACGUACCUGCGUCUGAUCGUGGACCACGGCACUGCCAAUCUGCUGCCUCUGCGCCAGAAGGAAGUGGACUUCUGCAUCAGCAUGCUGAGGGACAAGUUCUUGGAGUGCGUGAUCAUCGGCCGAGAUCUGGUGCGCCUGCUCCAGAACGUGGCUCGCAUCACCGAGAUGGACCUCCUGUGGAGAGACCUGCUCCACAACCCUCAAGCCCUCAGUCCUCAGUUCACUGGCAUCCUCCAGUUGCUCACGGCUCGGACUUCCAGAAAGUUCCUGGCGUGCCGCCUGACCCCCGACAUGGAGACCAAGCUGCUCUUCAUGACGUCUAGGGUGCGCUUCGGCCAGCAGAAGCGCUACCAGGACUGGUUCCAGAGACAGUACCUGUCCACGGUGGAGAGCCAGUCCCUGCGCUGCGAUCUGAUCCGCUACAUCUGUGGUGUGGUCCACCCCUCCAACGAGGUCCUCAGUUCUGACAUCCUGCCACGCUGGGCCAUCAUUGGCUGGCUGCUCACCACCUGCACUUCCAACGUGGCCGCCUCCAAUGCCAAGUUGGCACUUUUCUACGAUUGGCUCUUCUUCAACCCUGACAAAGACAGCAUCAUGAACAUAGAGCCGGCCAUCUUGGUGAUGCAUCAUUCCAUGAAGCCACACCCUGCCAUCACCGCCACACUGCUGGAUUUCAUGUGUCGGAUCAUUCCUCAUUUCUUUCCUCCGUUGGAGGUUCAAGUUCGUCAGGGUGUCUUCAACUCUCUCACCUUCAUCAUGGAGAAGAGAGUGCUGGCUCACUUGGCGCCAUUGUUUGACAAUCCAAAGUUGGACAGAGAACUACGGUCCAUGCUCAGAGAACGGUUCCCUGAGUUCUGCAGCGCUCCCUCACCACCUAUGGAAGUCAAAAUGGAUGAUAUGACGUCCAUGGAGAUGGACAACCACAUGAUGGACAAAGAGGAGGGUUGCUAUGACAACGCAGAAGCGGCAUUCAGUGAUGAUGAGGAGGAGGUCAACAACAAAGGAAAGAAGCGCGAGUUCAGGUUCCAUCCAAUCAAAGAGGUAGUGAAGGAGGAGCCUGCUGACAUCACACCCUGGCUUGACCAAUUAGAAGACAGCAUGAAGGACAAGGUCGUCCAGCUGCAGAAGUCAAGUGACACAGAGACGCAGUGUGAAGUCAUGCAGGACAUCGUGGAUCUCAUCCUGGAGGACGACUUUGACACAGAGCAGAUGUCUGCUUUAGCUUCAUGUCUUGCCGAAGUGUUUAAAGAACAUUUCAGAGGAGACGUUCUCCCAGAAGACAUCACAGACGAGUCCCUGGAGGAGUCGGUGUGCAAGGCGGUGUGUCUGGUAUUCAGGAACCUGGUGACCAUGCAGGAGGACAACAGUGGUUUCUCAGUUCUUCUCGACAUGCUGGCUGAACUUUACCAGAAACAACCCAAGAUUGGUUACCACCUCCUCUACUACCUCAAAGCCAGCAAAGCGGCCAACGGGAAGAUGAUGUUGUACGAGUCCUUUGCUCAGGCCACAGCACUGGGUGAUCUUCACACUUGUCUCAUGAUGGACAUGAAGGCCUGUCAAGAAGAUGAUGUGCGCUUACUCUGCUACCUGACGCCCUCCAUCUACUCUGAGUUCCCUGAUGAAACUUUGAGAAGUGGAGAGCUGCUCAAUAUGAUCGUAGCUGUCAUUGAUUCCACACAGUUGCAGGAACUCAUGUGUCACGUGAUGAUGGGCAACCUGGUGAUGUUCCGCAAAGAUUCUGUUCUCAACAUCCUGAUCCAAUCCCUGGACUGGGAGACCUUUGAGCAGUACAGCACCUGGCAGCUCUUCCUGGCCCACAGCAUCCCCCUGGAGAGCAUCAUCGGCAUCCUGCAGCACCUCAAGUACAAAGAACAUCCAGAGGCCUUGUCCUGUCUGCUGCUGCAGCUCCGCAGAGAAAAGCCCAGUGAGGAGAUGGUGAAGAUGGUGCUGAGUAGACCAUGCCACAGUGAGGACCAGUUCACCAGCAGUCUGCUCAGACACUGGGCCUCCAAACAUGACGACACCUUGGCAGAACACAUCAAGACUCAACUCAUCAAGAACAACAACCAGCCACGCAAGAGACAAAGCCUUCGUAGUUCCAGCAGCAAACUGGCACAACUCACACUAGAACAGAUCCUGGAACAUCUGGACAACCUCAGACUUAGUCUCACCAACACCAAGAACAGCUUUUUCAGCCAGACUCCGAUCCUUCAGGCUCUGCAGCACGUUCAGGCCAGUUGUGAUGAAGUGCACAAGAUGAGGUUCAGCGACUUGUUUGCGUUGGCGGAGGAGUACGAGGACUCGCAGGCCAAGCCUUUGAAGUCUCGGCGUAAAGCGGCGGCCACCUCGCCUCGCUCCAGAAAGGGCGUGGCUCCGCCCACCAACGAGGAGGAGAGCGCCUCCAGCAGCGCCUCGGAGGAGGAAGACUCCAAGCCCAAAGCACCCAAGAGGAAGAGGAAAGGCUCGUCUGCUGUGGGCUCCGACAGCGACUGACUCGCCGCCUUUUCCCACAAUGCACUGGGAUUUUAGCAGGAUGGGACUCUUAUUGUGGAGGU